UGUGGAUGUGGAGUGACAAGUAAACGUGAAAGGAAAAGGACUCGAUUCUUGACUCAAUAGACGCCUUUCUUCCAUUUUUUAAAUACUUGAUUAUUAUAAUUAUGUUCUCGAUAAAGUAAAGAAAAUGUGAGAAUUUCUGUCUCUCCAGAGGCACAACGGAUACAUUUUCUUCUGAUAAAAACCAUUAACUACCUGAGAGGCUGCGUUUUGACUGAACUGAUCGCAAUUUCUCCAAUGGGAAAUGAAAAGAGUAAUUUGGGCCACAUCGAAAUCAAGCCUGAGGUCAUCGAAGUUGCCAACUCGUGGACUUUAAAGCAGGCAAUAUGCACUGCAAGCUCUGCACAGUAUUCAGUGUUCUGCAGUCCAGCUGACAGCGCAGGAUACUUAGAGUUGGCAGCAAAAAACUUAAAAAUCUACCGUCAUCCGGGCAUUUUGAAAUUUGUCCAAACAUGGAGCCAAAGUGGCUACUUCAAUCUAGCCACGGAACAAGUCUUGCCUUUGUCCCAAGAGCUGGGAGCUCAGACCAAUCUUCAAGUCUGCCUUGGCUUGCGAAGCAUUCUCAGAGCGUUGGUAUUUUUGCAUGAUACUGCAAAAGUUUCACACACAAAUGUGUGCUGUGGAAGCAUUUAUGUGUCACCAGACAACACUUGGAAACUCGGGAACUUUGAGUUCAUCACCAAAUACAACGAAUUGAACUCCGAGAACUUGAGGAAAAUCCGAAACCGUCGAUACGAGUUUGCCAUUCCACCUGAGGAAAAUGCAGGAGCUCAUGUUGAUCCUCAGGCUCUUGAUUCUUAUGCAUUUGGCAUUAUGGUGCAGGAAAUUCUUAAGAAACGAGAUCUCACAAGUGAUCCGUCUGGUUUAGAAUUUUUCAAACUUGCCUGCGAAAAACUACAGGAUAAGCAGAUCAAGUCUCGCGGCAGUUUGGCGGAACUUUUAGAGCACCCGUACUUUUCCCAUCCAGUUGUAGAAAUUCUGGAAUUUUUAUCAGCCAUCACACUUAAAACUAUAAGUGAAAAAGAGCAAUUUUUCCGGAGCUUAUGGGCCCAAUUAGCAACCCUGCCUGAAGUAAUGGUUGCGACCCAAUUGGCAGACUUGCUACUGUCUCGGUUGGUUCUACUUGAGCCAUCUGCACAAACUUAUCUUGUGCCCUGGUUGCUGGCAAUUAAGGAUGAAAAUGCCACAUCAGGUUCAUUUCCGAGUGGUGAUUGUUCACCUCUAUUCAGCAGAUCAAUAUUUGAGAAGUUUGUUUCUCCGAAGUUGGUAAAAAUUUUCCAGGUCCAUGAUAGUCAAGUGCGCUGCGUAUUGCUAAAGCACUUCUCAUCGUAUUGCCAUGGUUUUACAAAGGAGCAACUUCAGCAUAACAUUCUGCCAGAAUUGCUUGUUGGAAUCAAAGACAAUGACGACUUGCUGGUGUCCACCACAUUAAGGGCGCUCGCAGACCUUGUGCCGAUUUUAGGGGCUGCAACUGUGAUCGGAGGCAAAAGGGGAAAACUCUUUACGGAUGGACGGCCUAAGGUUCGACCUGUCAAACGAGUACUGCCUGUGAUUUCUCCCAAACCUGCUGCGCCAACAGCUCGAGUUGAAAGAGUAUUGGUGCAAGAAACUGGAUUAAAUGCCGACUUGGUGGAAAACGGAGUUGCUUCUGCACAACUACCAGAGAGACUUUCACCAGACGGAGGAGAGGCAUGGUCGGACUGGGACGACCAGCAGGACGAAGAUGAGGAAAAGAGCGCUGAUGGCCCUGAGAAUGGCGAAUCCACCCUAGCUAAACUUCAAACAUCUCCAGCUCUAAAGAAGCCACUCUCGUUAUCAGGAAAAAUUCCGACCAAUAUUGUUAAAAAUGUUGUCGAUGAUCUUGACGCUUUGGAUAUCAAAGCGGCUAAAAUUACUGUCGUUGCUCAGGAAAAGGAAAUGGACUUCUUUCAAGACAUGGAGCCAGUAAUCGCAACUACAAAAAAUCCUUUAUUCCCCGGAGCAGCACAAGUCGAAAAAGAAACGACGGUGGCUGAGAAGAGCAAAUUUUCAAUGGCGGUGUCCGAAGAUUUUGGAGAAGAGGCUGGGUGGGGGGACGAUGGUGAUUUUUCAGAUUGGGGCGAAGUUGGUGAGGAUGAUGCAGCCACAAAAGAAGCGGUCCAGGUUAACUUAACAUUAGAUUGAUUCCCCUCGAUAUCAUGCAACAAUCUUUUAUUCUUUUUUUUCAUUUUGCUUAUUUAUGUGAUCUUUUUCCAUUGUGAUUGUAAGACUUGAUUAUAAUACCACACUUAAAAUUAUAGUCAAUGAAUCAAAAUAUGAUUUUUAGUUCUAAAAGGCAUUUCUGAAAAAAUUCAAUUUAGAUUAUAAAAUAUCCAUAAGAGAUGGCGCCUCAUGUAAAUCAUUAGUUCGCCACUUGUUCUGAAGAGCGCGCGCGUCGCCGCAACUCCCCUUUUGUCGGUUGGUCCGUUGGCGUCGGGUAGGAAAAGCUGCGACGAGCUUCGAGCGCUCCUGUGUGUGUUUGCUGGGCACUGACAUUUCCGCGGAAAAGCGUGACUCAAGAUGGCAGGAGGAAAAGCAGGCAAGGACUCCGGUAAAGCAAAGGCGAAGGCAGUGUCUCGUUCGGCCAGAGCGGGCCU